AUUUUAGGUGAUUCAAGCGUCAGUCAAGUUGUUACAGAAAUUUGGUAUUCAGUGUUACUGAGCGAGAAAUCUUACAACUACCUCUGUGCAUCACUUCGAGGACUUCUUAGCUUGAAAGGUGCUGAGGAUAUAAAGUCUGCAACAGGUGGACUAAUCAGUUUGAAUGAAAACCAUAUCGAAGAGUUUAAAGACGUCUGGAAAGGAUGGCUCGACCUGCAGGUUGCAGGUACAUCAAGCAUUCGAAAGCAGCAAUGAACGCAGAUUCCGGGAGUUUCGUUGGCAAAAUCAAUUAUUACACAUGUAUUCCUCAGGAGCAUGUUCGUACUGCGCAGAAGUAUAUGGAAGACGGCAUCUUCCAGCGCACACAGAACUGCUCAUAUGCCGAAAAUCCCACGCUAACAGGUCCUCAUUACCUCAUCAAAAAUGGACCAUUUACCUAUUGUUGCCCUAGCUACGUUUUCCCAUUUAUUGGUUGGGAUUAUGCUGAAGUGAAGAAAUUCAAGCAUACUAAAUCACUUGUCAUCAUGUAUGGCAACUACAUCGAGUCUAAGUUAGACAGUUUCAAGGAAAAGCUUUCUUCCAAACAAGUAAGCUUUGACAUUAUUUUGGGAGACUGUAUGAAAAUUGAGGAAUUUCCAAACAAGGAAAUGACAUAUGAUCGUAUUUUGACAUCUAAUCUAAUGGACUAUAUUCUUCUUCCAGAAUUGUUAAGGUAUAGUAAUUUGAAGAUUUAAAUUAUAUCAUUUAACGAUAACGUUUGUGUUCGAAAAUAGCUAUUGAAAUACCUAGAGACAGCAUUUCUUCGAAAUCAAUUAUCUGAUUAUCGUUAGCCCAGAACCGAAUUCUAUUCUUACCAUAUGAAGCAUCAUCUAGGCCCUUUACCAGAAUUAUUUAUAAAAACCAAACAAUUAUAUUUUAGUAGUUUCCAUGCAGUAAACUACAUAUUUUUGACUGCAUAAAUCCCGUUCCAACCAGGAUUUAUAUGAGACUGCAGUUCUCAUGGUCUUUUUAUGCAUGAGGACUCAGACAUAUUCGAUCUCCAGAAUAACCAAUUGUGAAAGAGAUGUGGCGUAUACUGUUUCACCCUAAUUCAAGAUUUUCAUUAUCGGCAGAUCCGUAAACAAAUCGAAAAAAUGUCUGGCCUAACUAUUAAAGACAAAAUACCACGAAAAGGGAUAUUCUUAAGAUGUUGAUGGAUUUCUUGACAGACACAAUCUCAAAAAAUGGUCGGUUUGUCAAUGAUUAGUUCCCAGAUAAUUGCCUUGUCUUGUUUGCGCAGUGUUCUGGAUUGCAUUAUCAAUUUUGAUAAUGAAUUCCAUCUAGUACUUCAGUUCACUUGGGAGAUCAGUGAGUGUUAGAUUAUUUAUAAUAAUUACAUCUGUGUUUUUAUCAGACCUACUAACUCCCACAGCUAUAUUUCUUUUUGUCACCUCAAACACAGAAAAACCGGCUCAAUCCUUUACUCACAAUUCCACCGUCUUCGCUCCUUUGAGUAUGAAGAUUUUCAUCCCAAAGCUUUGGAAAUGAAAUCUUUUCACUAAAAUGUCCAUACUUUUACCUUUUUAACACUUUUAUUCAUAUGUGUCGGACACUUUAGCCAACAUUUUAGCCCAAAAUGCACAAUUUUGAACAUAAAUUUUACUGACCUGACUGACAUCUUCCAAUUACUCAAAUGAACACCUAGUUUCUUUUUUAACACAAGUGCAUUUAAAAUAAACGUUAAAGAACGUAAAAUCUUAAAGCCUGCCCCGGUAGUUUUACGUACCCCGAAGGAUCUAAGCAGAUAUAUUCAUCUUUGAUGUUUGUUGGUGCCUGACAUGAUAAUGUAUUGUUUUGAUUUUGCUCUAGUUCCGUUUAUUUCAUUUGUUACUUUUCUUUAUGUGACUGCCUUUGUGGUAUAAAAGCAGUAUGUAUAAACUCUCCUAGUGCUAGUGCUGGCGAAGGCUGUUGAUUGAAACGUCGAGAUAAUCCCGCACGCGGCUAUUUUUCCUCGUUUUGAUCGUUUCUGGCUGUCGUGAAAUCCAACGUAAGCUUUCUGUAUAUUGUACGCCACGGCAAACGUUGCAUCCCCAAGUGUUUAGAUUUUAUAAAAGGGAUAUUUUUCUUUUUAGAAUUUGCUAUGGCAAGUUAAAUCGAGAUAAUCCUUACGCAACUUUGAUAACAGAGUCCCUAAACUGGGUGGAUUUCUGUCCAGACGCAGAUGUGAGUAUGAUGUCAUUUACCACCCCUGCACAGACAACACACUUCAGCAGAAUUGUAAUGCAGGACACAAAUAACCCAGUCUUUGCCAACGAUGGCGGAACAACCUUCAGAGAAUACUUGGAUAAUUCUCGAGAAUUAGAAGAUUACCUUCGUGCCUUAUUUUACGUGUAUCACAAGCGACAAGAAACGUCCAAUUCAUCAAAAUUGCCAAUUUUGAAAGAACUGGGCAAUGAAUUUCAGCUACGGCUGCGCGACGGCUUCCGUAAUGAAAAUAGAAUUGUUUUCUUCAAGCAAGCGGUUAAUCGACGAAGAGUAACAAUGAUAACUGGUCUUGAACGAUACAUGGAGUGGGUAGCUACAUAGAUAAAAUGACUAGUGAAAAUCCUUAAUAUGAAGUGAACAUAAGUGAAACUGAUGCAUAAAGGCAAAAUUAUUCACUACGAAAACGUUUGAAUUGCAUUAAUUUAUACGUAUAGCUAUUUUUAAGGACUUGAUUAUGAUUAUAUAUAUAUAUAAUCCCAGAUGUUCAUCUACAUAUUUAUCUCAAACUUUAACGCUCGACUUUCAAGGUGGAUUUAGCGAGGGACAAAACUUAGUCGACAUAAUUAUAGUUAUUGUAUUUUCAUGCGCUGCUUUGAAAUUUCACUGUAUAGUCACGACGUUUAUAUGCCAUCCAGCAAGUUAAAGAGAUACUGAUAUCGUUAAAUUGAAGUUGUCAAACACAUGCAGGAAAUUGUAAAUGUCAUUCUGUUGACUGGUUUCUUUUACGAUGGUUUUGAACCCAAACAAUAACAAAAGUACAAUGACUAAAUUCUUUAUUACCUCGGGUCGGUACGACAGCGAGGUCAUAAAUUCGGCUCCAAUUUUUUUCUCCAAUUUUUUUGUCGAACCGCGCGCGUAGUCGAAGAGCCUGCGGAGGAGACGACAACUUCCGGUAAAUAAGUGAACUUUCGGGAAAUUUCAAGCAUCCGCCAAAGCGAAACGGAACCCGAAGCUGUCCUUGCACAAAAUGCGUCAAAAUUGUUGAUUUAAAACCAGAAGAUGUGAUAAUUUUGACAUACAUGUUUAGCUGGAUAACUAUUCUCGAGUAUAUGUUGAUAUAAUGUACAAUACUUCAUACGCAUAGCAUGGGAAUACCGCGGCCAACUUUCACUUGUUUGAUACUGCUAAGCAUUUUAUGGAUGGUUCUUACUGUAACUGGUAGACACCUUUUUUCCAACUGUCCACUCAUUACAUUCUUCGACUGUGGUACAACUAUUACUAAUGAUGGAUAUGCAGUUAUAUGCACCCAAUUAUAUUUUUGGUACUUUGAUAUAUUUUAAAAAUAUCUGAAUUGACUGUCGUUCUGCCAUGUGCAUGUCAACAUAUAGACUGAUAACAUUGUCUGUUAGUGUUACUAAUUACAAGAUGAAGUAGUGAAGUAUCUAUGUAUAUCAUUCACUCGUCCACAAAAUAUCCCAAAUAAUGAAUAAAUACAGUUAAAUAAUUGCGUCAGUAAAUUCUCUAAAUUGUUCCUGUAUUUAACUAUUAUCAAUAAAAUGUUAAAACGGAGCUUUGAUUGACUGAUUCACCAUUUAUACUAGUGAAC